AUGAUGGAGAACAGCAAAAAUCUGGAUUCUGGAAACCAGAAUUCCCCGGAACUUCCGUCUCUUAUCAAAUAUAUAUCAUCAAAUGAAGUGGUUGGAUUUGAUAAUGUUGAGGAGAGUAUAUUUGUACAAUCAAGUGAUCAUCAACCUAUCAGUCCAGCUGAAGGAAUUGAGAUAGCUGCUUUAGAAAGCGUAGUUGAUGAAUCCGAACUCCCACAUCAUCAAAGGGUUUAUUCCAUUUCUAUUAGCAUGCCACCGUCACCAAUGGAAAUUCAUUUACAAAACAGCAAAAGAAUGCUCUUCGGUGGUGAAACAAGUUCCAACAAUGAAAUUCCAAAUUCUUCUUCCCCAACUGAGAUCAGCGGUAGCAAACAGCCGAAAGCCGUGAAAUUUCACUCCCAGCCAAUGCCAAAAAGAGCUGCAAUUGAGCAAGCGACUAACAAUGGACACUUUUCUUAUCAUCCGAACAUUGAAAGGUUGAAGGAUAAGAGGUUUGAUAGUUUCAAAACAUGGUCCGGGAAACUUGAAAGGCAGAUGACACUACUCCGUGGAAAGACACCAAGGGAGACUGAAACGGAGAAUGAUAAUGCGCAAAAUGCAGAAGUUGAACGUUUACCUGCAGACCGAUACUUUGAUGCACUUGAAGGGCCAGAGUUAGACACCCUUAAGGCUUCCGAGAAAAUACUCCUUCCAGAAGACAAACAGUGGCCAUUUCUUCUGCGGUAUCCUGUUUCCGCAUUUAGCAUUUGCCUUGGUGUUAGCAGCCAAGCUAUUUUGUGGAAGACCAUUCCUACCUCUGCCUCCACGAAAUAUCUCCACUUAAACUUAAUACCAAAUCUAGUUUUAUGGUGCAUUUCAGUUGCUCUUUUAGUUGUUGUUGCCUGCAUCUAUCUUCUAAAGGUGACCCUUUACUUUGAAGCAGUUCGUCGUGAAUACUACCACCCAAUCCGUGUCAACUUCUUCUUUGCCCCAUGGAUAGCCCUCUUGUUCUUAGCUCUUGGAGUACCACCUUCAUUUGCUAACAAACUGCAUCCAGCUCUUUGGUACAUUCUCAUGACCCCAAUCUUAUGCCUUGAGCUUAAAAUCUAUGGACAAUGGAUGUCCGGAGGCCAACGUAGGCUUUCAAAGGUAGCCAAUCCUGUUAACCAUAUCUCAAUUGUCGGGAACUUUGUGGGGGCAUUACUAGGUGCGUCAAUGGGACUAAAAGAAGGACCGAUAUUUUUCUUUGGUGUUGGGAUGGCUCACUACUUAGUCUUAUUUGUAACUCUCUAUCAGAGGCUUCCGACGAAUGAAACUGUGAUCCCAAAGGAUCUCCAUCCUGUGUUCUUUCUCUUUGUUGCAGCACCAAGUGUAGCUUCCAUGGCAUGGGCAAGAAUCCAAGGUUCCUUUGGUUGUGGUUCACGCAUCUUGUACUUCAUCGCGUUGUUCCUUUAUCUCUCACUGGCAGUUCGGGUUAAUUUCUUCAGAGGAUUUAAGUUUUCAUUGGCAUGGUGGGCAUAUACUUUCCCAAUGACUGGUGCUGCCAUUGCAACCAUCAGGUACUCGAACGAAGUCACGAAUGCGGUAACACAAGCAAUGGCUGUCAUACUAUCAGUCGUUGCCACAAUCAUAGUCACUAUUCUCCUCAUAGUAACCGUCUUACAUGCCUUUGUGCUUCAAGACCUCUUCCCCAAUGACAUUGCAAUUGCCAUCAGUGACAGAAAGCCAAAAGCACAGAGGAAGUGGUUCCACCUCAGACAUGGAAGCUCGGACUCCAGGGAUAUUGACAAAUUCUUGAAGUCAGCAACAAGUUUAGAAAAUAAAGAUUUAGAAGAUGCCAAGCUAUGAAGUUCGAGUAAUGAUUACUUUAUAUGAUACUAUGCCACUACUCGAACAUGUGAGGAACAUAGGUUCGAAAUUUCAUAGUUCCCGUGAACAUGUGUAGAGUGAAAAACAUAUCUUAGGUCGUAAAUCAAUAAGAUUAGGGCAAAAUUAUGAUUGCUGAAUUGUUUUGAGAGAAGGGUA